AUGUCUAAAGGUGUUGGUGUGGUGUUGGUGUUGGUGUUGGUGUUGGUGUUGGUGUUGGUUGGUGUGUGGUGGUGUUGGUGUUGGUGUUGGUGUUGGUGGUGGUGGUGGUUGGGUGGUGGUGUUGGUGUUGGUGUUGUGUUGGUGUUGGUGUUGGAGGUUGGUGGGGUGGUGGUGUUGGUGUUGGUGGUGGUGGUGUGGUGGUGGGUGUGGUGUUGGUGUUGGUGUUGGUGUGGGAGUUGGUGUUGGGGGGUGGGUUGGGUGGGUGGUGUUGGGUGGGUGUGGGGUGGGGGGUGGUGUUGGUGGGGUGGGUGGUGUGGGUUGUUGGUGGGUGUGGGGUGGGGGGUUGGUGUGGGGUGUGGGUGGUGUUGGGGUGUGGGUGGGGGUGGUGGGUGGUGGUGUUGGGGGGGGGGUGGUGUGGUGUGGGGUGGUGGGGUGUGGGGUGGUUGGUGUUGGUGGGGGUGUUGGGUGGUGGGUUGGUGGUGUGGUUGGUGGUUGUGGGGGGUUGGUGGGUGUGUGGGUUGGGGGGGGGGUGGGGGGGGGUGGGGGGGUGUGGUGGGGGUGGGGGUGGUGGGGGGUUGGUUGGUGGGUGUUGGGGGGGGUGGUGGUGGGGGUGGGGGGGUGGGUUGGUGGUGGGGGGGGGGGGUGGGGUUGGGUGGGGGUGGUGGGUUGGGUGGUGUGGGUGUGGUGGUGGGUGUGGUGGUGUGGUGGUGGUUGUGGUGGUGGUGUUGGUUGUUUGGUGGUGGUGGUGGUGGUUUGGUGUUGAUGGUGGUGUUGGUUGGUGUUGUGUUGGUGGUGGUGUUGGUGGUGUUGGUGGUGGUGUUGGUGAUGGUGGUGGGGUUGGUGGUGUUGGUGGUGGUGGUGGUGAUGGUGUUGGUGGUGGAUGUUGGUGGUGUUUGUGGUGUGGUGUUUUUGUUGGUUGUGGUGUUGGUGGUGUGGUGGUGGUGGUGGUGUGGUGGUGGUUGUGUGGGUUGGUGGUGUUGGUGGUGUGGUUGGUGUUGGUGUGUUGGGUGGUGUUGGUGGGUGUUGGUGGGUGGUUGGUUGGUGGUGGUGGUGUUGGUGUUGGUGGUGGUGGUGGGUGUGUGGUGUUGGUGUUGGUGGUGUUGGUGGUGUUGGUGGUGGUGUGGUGGUGGUGUUGGUGUUGGUGUUGGUGGUGGUGGUGGUGGUGGUGUAGGUGGUGGUUGUGGUGGUGGUGGUGGUGGUGUUUGGAGUUGGUGGUUGGUGUCAUGUGGAUGCAUGGGAAUUCUCAGCGGAUUUCCUAACCUUCAGAGCUUGGGCUAA